AUGUCUGAACAUAGUCAUGUUAGUAAUUUAUCACAUAUUCUAACUAAAAAUAAAUCAAAGAAUCAAUAUUUGAAUAUUAUAUACGACAAACAAUUUUAUAAUUUUCAUCGAUCAUCAUCGUUAAUGGAUGAAAUUACAUUAAUUAACAAUCAUUUUCAAAUAUUUAUAAGUCUAAUUCUUUGUAUUGUGAGUUUAAUGGGUACACUAUUACAUAUAGAAAUUUUAAUUCAACGAUAUUUUCAUGCGAAAUCAUUUUCACGUCAUAGUUUCAUACAAACAUUAUUUGAUUUUUGUCAUUUAAUUAAUAUAUUAUUUACUCAUAGUAUUAUCAUUAUUGUUUAUAUUAAAACAUCGACAAAUGUAAAUGUUUAUUGUCCACUUUCAGCAAUUUUUUUUUCAUUGGCUUCAUUUGGAUUUAUUAGUUUUAUUUGUUUGGGAGCUUUUCAUCGAUAUAUGUAUUUAUUCAAAAAACAAACUCAAUAUCGAUGUAUUCGUCAUCGUUUAUUGGCUCAUCGAAUUAUUUUAAUAACAUCGAUAAGUUGGUUAAUUUUAAAUUUUCCAAAAUUUAAUUUGAAUGGAAAUUUAUAA